CGAAUGUUAGGCUAGUCUCGCGAUACUACGUUCUCCAUGCGCGUGCGCAGCCUCGAGCACGGAUGAGCUGAUUUGGAGGAUCAUGGCGGAGCGCAGGAGGCACAAGAAGCGGAUCCAGGAGGUGAGCGAGCCCACCAAGGAGGAGAAGGCGGUGGCCAAGUACCUUCGGUUUAACUGCCCCACCAAGUCGACGAACAUGAUGGGCCAUCGAGUCGACUACUUCAUUGCUUCCAAGGCUGUGGACUGUCUGCUGGACUCCAAGUGGGCCAAAGCUAAGAAGGGAGAGGAGGCUCUGUUCACCACCAGGGAAUCAGUGGUGGAUUACUGCAACAGGCUUCUAAAGAAGCAGUUCUUCCACCGAGCUCUCAAAGUGAUGAAGAAAAGGCCUGAGAAGGACACCAAGAAAGAGAAGGAAAAGGACAAGCCUAAGAGUGACAGCAGCAAAGAGGAGGAGAAAAAAGGCAAGAAGGAGAAAGAGAAGAAGAAAGAACUGGAGGCGACUGACACUAAGAAAGAGAAAAGUGAUGACAGUCCCGGAACCCCCAAGAAGAAGAAAGAGGUGAAGAAGAAAUUUAAACUGGAGCCUCAUGAGGAUCAGCUGUUCCUAGAUGGAAAUGAGGUGUACGUGUGGAUUUACGAUCCUGUUCAUUUCAAGACAUUCGCUAUGGGUCUCAUUCUCGUUAUUGCGGUGAUAGCAGCCACGCUGUUUCCGCUGUGGCCAGCAGAAAUGCGUGUUGGAGUGUAUUAUCUAAGUGUUGCAGCCGGCUGCUUUGUGGCCAGUAUCCUGCUUCUAGCAGUCGCCCGCUGCAUCCUCUUCCUCAUCAUCUGGCUGGUGACUGGCGGGCGCCAUCACUUCUGGUUCCUGCCCAACCUGACGGCAGACGUUGGUUUCAUCGACUCGUUCAGGCCGCUCUACACUCACGAGUACAAAGGACCACGAACCAGUGACAAGAAGGGCACAGACAAGUCUGACGAGAGGGACGGCGGCACCUCCACCAAGGCCCAGAAGUCGGACAGUGACGAGAAGUCGGACAACGAAAAGAAGGACGGCUAUGAUGAAGAGGAGGAGGAAGAAGAGGAGAGCAAAGAGGUGGGGCAGGAGGAGAGUAAAGAAGCAGAGGGGGGAGGGACAGAGGAACGCCACUCAGACACAGACAGCGACCGCCGAGAGGAAGAAGGCUCACAGCACAGCAACGGAAACGACUUUGAGAUGAUCACCAGGGAGGAGCUGGAGCAGCACACGGAGGAGGAGGACGAGGAGGAGGAAGAUGAAGAGACACAAGAGAGGAAAGAAGGGUUUGGGAGUGAGACUAAACCUCAGACUGCUCAAACAUAAUCUUCUUCCAGUCCCAUCACUCUCUACUUCUCUCUGUCCUCCCCUCCCUCCCUGCUGUGAUCCCAGGACCUACUGGUCCGGCCUCUCUGAGCCUGCCGAGGCCAUGGAGAGGCUCCAUCUCUUGUUGUUGAGAUCUUCCACUAAACAGUACCAGGAUAGACACAACACUGAAAUGUUAACAGCUACGACAAUGGGAAAAAUUGUUUAAAAAGAAGCCUUAUGGUGGAUCCGAUUCUUCCCACCCAAAUGUUAUUUAUGUGAAAGUGAAACUGCCACCAGACACGUUUGCCUGAGGAAUCCAUCAGACCAGACGUCAUUCUUUUUGUUUCUUUUUCUUUGUGUCAGUUCAACCAAUUGUCUUUUAUUUAUAUCCCAUUACUGGAUUAAUUUGUUUCAUAUGUGAGUUCAAAUCCAGAAAGUAGGUAAGAGUAUACAGAAGAAUGAUGGUGUUAAAUUGACCGGUAAUAAAAGAUGUGCUGUUUUUGAGCUCUGUAUUGUCUGUAUAAUCACGGUAGUUCUGGACAAAGACAGGAAGCCACUGUUCUCUCACAUUUUGUGGUAUUUUGGUGAGCCAGGAGCAGCGAGUCUGAUAGCUUUCUCAGGCAGCAAAAUGACCAGCGUGUCGGCUUUGAAACCUGAACUUCACCAGAUGGACCAAAACCUGUAGUUUACUCAAAGGAAAUAAACAGAAAUCAACUAUAAUGUGGCUAGAUCGAGCUUUUGGACAGCAGAGUAUACGGCUCCUUGAGGUACUUGCCAUCUUCAGUUUUUUGGGGGGGUUUUGUAACAGCUUACGAUCAUAGUUCAAUCCUGUACACACCGUGUGAAGUACUUCUAGUUCAUGUUUAAUAAUGUGGGACUCAUCUUUAAGAGUAAGUGUGAACAACUGGGACAAAGCUGGCCUACUUAAUUUUCUUUUUAACAUUUAAAAAAAAAAAAAUUGCAGCAUUCGCUGUACAACUAAAGCAAGGAGGGGUAGAGUUGGCUCAUUUAUCUGCAAACAGAAUCAGAAAUAAGUCAAGAAAUCUCUAGUGCCAAACAGCUCAUGACGACGCAUGCUUCAACACAGAGAGCUGAGCGAGAGGGGUGCGUUUAGUCUAUUCAUACAUUUUGUUACUGCCGUGUCAAACUCAAGUCUUUCACAGAGAAAAAGCACAGCACAAUGUUGUUAGUGUGCAGCUAAACAAAGAUUUGUUGGUCUCAAUGAAACCGUUUAAAGGCGUUUGCACUAGACUGUCAUCCACGUUGGUCCCGUCUAGUCUCGCACAAGCCGCCACGUGAAACUAGCGGGAGUUUCUUUGUGACUCCAGCUGGCGGCUGUGGUCCAGUAAUAGAGGUCCAAGCUGUUCUUCACAUUAUCUUCUGGCUAGAAAUGUCUUAGAUGCUGUUUUUAGUCAUAGCAAGGAUUAUAUUUCAGAAUAUAAAAUAGAAAUGUAUCAUUUAUAUAUGGAUUCUAUUGAUAGAUAUAUGCAUUUACUCAACGGUCUAAGAAACAGUUUGGUCCUGCUUUUCUUUAGGAGGUGUAACUUUAUUCCCCAGAGUAUGUUUUUGUUUUUAUGUGAUCAUAAAAUAUACUCAUUAUUUAAAGGUAAUAACAGUGGGAGUCUGAGAUUUCAGCAUUUUUGUCUUUUUUUUUUUUUUUUUUAAUAAAACAUUUGCCACCAUACUGUUGAGCGUGUAACACAGUGGGUUAGUUGUGUGGUGCCACCUGUAUUUCUCCCACAAACAGUCAGUCAUUAACUUGAGGUGGUUUGCAUAACACUAACAGCGACCUGCCAGUUCCCCACACACUGAUGAAAAAUCAUAAAAUAAUCCACACAGCUUUCUCUGCAACUCUUUUGGUUUCUCCUCUAGACUUUGUGGUUUGUUGCUUUGUUUGCUGUGCUUCCAUUUAGCUCUCUAAGCACCACGUCAUCUUGUUUUUCAGUAUUUUUACUUUUUUCUUCCCACAAAAAGGCAGAGUGCAUUUUUUUCCCCUGAGUUGCCAGUGUGUCAGUGGCUGUACUCUGAAUAUUGGCAUAAACAUGUCACAAAAGAGAAAAAAAAAAUUCUCCCAGUUGUUCCUGACUGUUGCACAGUAUCCGUCUGUUGUAUAUUGUAGUAUUACUCUCUAUGCUGCUGCUUCUCAUCACACAUUUCUGGGGGAAAUAUGAAAGUGAAAACUGUAAAACACCCAUGUUUUAUCUAUGGUCAGAAAAAAAGUGUCUUUUGAUCACCUAGUUGUCCACAUUUGGAUCGAUAUCAUUCUCAAGACUGUCUCCUGCAAUAUUGGAGUAUAAUUUAAUAAAAAUUGGAUGUCUGGAAAUAUAUCUGUAUCUUAUCAUUGCAAUAAAAAUAUAGAAAGCA